UUAAUCCCUCUCCUUCACCCGCUCCAAAGAUCCGCGCCCUAUUUAGUCUCCGCGACUCCAACCCCCUCGUCUCUCUGUCUCUCGAUUGGGGUCGAAAGUUUGGAACCCUAAUUUCGAGAAGGCUCCAGGAUUAAACAUUAAAGAGUAGUUAUUGGUUUCCAACAUGCGUGGGAGGGUGUAUACCAGUGGUGGAGCAUCAUCUAGAGAAAAGCUUGAAGAAGAAACUUUUACCAUUGAUGAUGACAUCUCUCAUCUCACCAAGAUUAGUUCAGAACCAUGCGAGAACGUUCGUAAGGCCAUGCCUAAUGAGCGAACGAAACCUAUUCCAAUGAUUAAGAUGUUGUCAGGAAGAGAAUUUAAUUAUUCUGGAAGGGGAAGGUUUUCUUUAGCCGAUUGUUCUUAUCUUCUUGGUCGAUGCCUGCCCGUCAAUCUUUGUAGUAACGAAAGGAUGGAUAGCGAAGCAUAUGUGUCGCAGUUCUCCUCUGAUGGUUCCCUUUUCAUUGUAGGAUGUCGGAGAAGCCAUAUCAGAAUAUACAAUGUUGAUAGCGGGUGGAAAGUGCAGAAAGACAUCAGUGCUCGAAGUUUGCGGUGGACAAUUACCGACACAUCUCUUUCACCUGACAAACGAUUUCUUGUUUACUCCAGUUUGACGCCAAUUGUUCAUAUUGUAAAUGUGGGAACUCCGGAAACAGAGUCAAGGGCUAACAUCACUGAUAUUCAUGAUGGUUUGGAUUUUAGUGACCAUGUUGACAGUGAAUAUUCCUUUGGGAUAUUUUCUGUUAAAUUUUCAACUGAUGGUCGAGAGCUUGUUGCUGGAAGCAAUAGUGAUUCAAUACAUGUUUAUGACCUGGAAGCAAAUAAGAUGACAUUGCAAUUUCCAGCUCACACAACUGAUGUGAACACUGUAACCUUUGCUGAUGAAACUGGCCAUCUCAUAUUUUCUGGGAGUGAUGAUAAUCUUUGUAAGGUUUGGGAUAGGCGCUGCUUUGUGUCAACACGAAAACCAGCCGGGAUCUUGACAGGUCAUCUAGAAGGCAUUACUUUUAUUGAUAGCCGUGGGGAUGGCCGUUAUUUCAUUUCUAAUGGUAAAGAUCAGACUACCAAACUCUGGGACAUAAGGAGAAUGUCCUCCACUCCGAAAUUUUGCUCUAUCUGCUCAUGCAGUUCCGCACCAAAACUUUUUUCUUGGGAUUAUAGAUGGGAUGAAUUCCCAGCAGAAGCCAGAAGACAGAAGCAUCCAUCUGAUCAGUCAGUAGCUACAUACAGAGGUCACUCAGUCUUGUGUACUCUAAUACGCUGUUACUUCUCCCCUGCAUAUAGCACCGGUCAGAAAUACAUAUACACAGGAUCGAAUGAUGGAUAUGUUUAUAUCUAUGAUGUGGUAACUGGAGCUACGGUUGCAAGACUUAAACAGCAUGAUGCGACCGUUAGAGACUGUAGCUGGCACCCCUACUUCCCAAUGCUUGUCAGCUCAUCCUGGGACUGCUCCUUUGCUAGAUGGGAAUUUCCAGGAAAUGGUGCAGAUCCUGUGUUGCAUAAGAAAAACAGGAGGAGACGUUCGCUAAGGCCAUAGACACACAGUAUUGUACUACUAAAAUAUAACAUGCGACAGCGCUGUGGCUGAUGAAUGCCGAUUUGUAAGUAUGCCUGCAAAUAAUUCUUGCAGCUACAGAAGAUAUAAUGAGCAUCAUUGUGUGAUCACCAUAUUUGUUCA